AUGUCGACUUCUCUCUCGAGUCUCGGGAGCUGGCGUAUACAGAACUUUGAAAGACUGCCAAAUACAAUCGACCCCGUACACGAAGUGGACCGUUCCCUGGACCCUGGUGCCUUUGUGGUAUCCAAUAUGGAUGCAUUGGACUAUCUGUAUGUACCUAAUUCUUAUUUGUCUGGUUUUGGUCUUGACCGCAGUGGCCGCUCCAGCAGCAGUAGUAAGAACGAAUACAAGAUCACUUGUGCCGAGAAACGUAAGCGUAACCCCGAUGCUCUUGAGGGUCGCAUCCCGGAGGACAAGGAGUGCUGCCAGUGGUCUGGCAAGUGCGGUGAAUUUAAUAAGUGCACCCAGUCAUAUUGCGAGAUUUCUAACAGCUAUAACCGACCUGACGACUCUGACCGCCAUGACGGCCUCGACAGCUCUGGUCACUCUGGCAAUUCUGACAACUCUGGCAUGCCUGGUAUGUCUGGCAUGUCUGACAGCUCUGACUGUUCAGACAGCUCUGCUAGAGAGUAG